CUUCAGGUCCAGAAAGAAAUAGAAAGAAAAUAAGCCAAGGAGCUAGAAAGAUGGUUCCUCAGUUUGCCUAUUGCAUCCUUUUCCUCAACCUUUUGCUUUUCAUGUGUGCACACGGCAUCAGGGAUGACAUUACUGAUCAAGAACUGGAGAAGAAGAAAUUUUCAGAAGAGUAUUCUUUAGAGACAGGGAAAAUAACUAAAGAAAAAUUUUCCCACAAGAAAUUCCAUUCCCAGAUCGAAAGAGAUACUAAUAAAGUGAUAAAAAACAAUUCUCUACAAUUAUAUUACAGCAUUUUGAAUGAAAUUAUUGGAAAAAUACCUUUAUGGCGCCAUCCUCCAGGGUCAGCAGAAGAAUCAUCAGCCAAGACUGUAUCAAAAUGUGAAAAUUUCGUUGUUGAUUAUAUACAAGCUUCAUAUGUAGGUCUCUUCACUCUACACAGCUUACACAAGGGAAAAAUCAUUCCCAUCUACUUCCCCAUUGAUGAUUAUUCUUCCACUUUCCCUCCCUUCAUGUCGAAGAAAAUUGCUGAUUCUUCCACUCUGAAAAAUCCCCAGAAAGUCUGCGAAAUUACAUCAUCCGAUGAUCAAGAACACACAAGAUUCUGUGCUACGUCCCUGAAAUCCAUGCUUGAUUAUAUUCGUUUGGUUUUCAAAUCGGAUGAAGGAUUUAAAGUGGUGGAAACCAUCCACUAUCCUUCAUUAUCAACUGCUUUAUUACAAGACUAUGUUGUCGUUGAAACUGUGCAGGAGAUUGAAGGUUCUGGCAAGGUAUUUUGUCAUCCAAUGAAUCGUUCUUUCUAUUGUCAUUUUGAUGAUGAACAUGCAAGGGUUUUCAAGAUCUCACUGGGUGGUGAAAAUGGAGAUCAAGUAGAAGCUAUUGCUGUUUGCCAUAUGAACACUUCACAGUUGAGUCCUGAUCUUAUUGCUUUUCGUUUGCUUCCUGUCAAGCCUGGGUCUCCUUUCUGCCAUUUCUUGCCUGCAGGUCAUCUUGUUUGGGUUCACUCUCCUACUAUAACUUAUGUAGCUUAGUUCCUAUUUAAGAAGUUGAGUUUUGUUUUUUCAGCUUGUGUUUUGCUUUGUAAAAUGUGUUAAAUGGGUGAUCCUCAUGUGAAAAAAAUAAUGGAUUUACACCAAGUGUUUAAUAAAACAUGGUACUUCGAUAUAA